AAUGGAAGUCGGACUCCAAAGCAUGCGGGAGGAUGCCUUUCUCCAAGGUGAAAAAAAGGGCGGGCGAGCAGGCUCCGAGCCCAGGCAGCAAGAACCGCGUGGCUUUUUUUUUUUUUUUUUUUUUGCCUUUGGGAAAGGAGCGCGAAGCUCGCCCGGCCCGUGCGCGCGCGCGCUAUUUGAGAAAGAAAGAAAUGCAAUACUCGACACGGGCGGGGUCUCCUCCUGAUGCAACAGGAAGCGGGGAUGUUUCCCCUUUGGCUGCCGAUAAGUUACAAACCUCACAAGGCUUCUGAGCGCUCCGGGCUGCAGAGCCAGCCGUCGUCCGCCUCAGUGGCCGCGCGCGGGCUCCCUCGAAGACCUCCGCUGAUUGGAUUGUACCUAGACCCUGUAGGAGCAGCCGGCGGAAUCGCGGCACUUCUUUUUUAACCGUUUCCGCUCCUCUCUCGGUUUUAUUACUUUUUUUAAAUCUUUUUUUAAAACUUUUUUGGGGGGUGGUGGUGGUGGUGGUUGUGGUGGGGGAUUCUUUCUUGCAAAACCGGGACAAGCCAACUCCCAUUUGAUUCCUGCUAUUAAGCACAGGAAGGAACAGCUUGCGCUACAGUUUUUUGCUAAAUUGUAAAGCUACAUUUAGUGAUGGAAACCAGUUGGACUGUACAGCUGCUGCUUCUCUUAGCUAUGACAUUGAUAGUCAAAGUCAAGAUAUUCAUUGUUCAUUGGGACACUUCUCCAGUCAGGAUGUCAUCCAAGACAAGAAUUGGAGUGUUAUAGUUUGUCAAAAGGCUUUUGUUAUAGCAGUUCCAGAUGAAAAAAAAGGGAAUUGGUCCAAUGAAAUGGAAACUAAGAACCAUACAGACCAUCAAACUAUACUAGGUGUAACUAAUAAUAAAAUCAUGACAGCACAGUUUGAAUGUUAUCAGAAAAUUAUGCAGACUACUGAAGAAUAUGAAGGUCCACAUUGCAACAGAACAUGGGAUGGUUGGUUAUGCUGGGAUACUACUGCGGCAGGAGAAACUGCAAUGCAAAACUGUCCAGACUAUUUUCAGGACUUUGACCCUUCAGAAAAAGUUUUGAAGAUCUGUGAAGAAAGUGGACACUGGUUUGUGCACCCUGAGAGUAACAGAAUUUGGACAAACUAUAGCCUUUGCACUGAUCGAAUAUAUUAUAAAUUGCAGACAGCUCUGAAUCUAUACUAUAUCUCUAUCAUUGGCCAUAGCCUUUCAAUUGUUUCACUUCUGAUUUCCCUUGGCAUAUUCUUCUAUUUUAAGAGCCUCAGUUGCCAAAGGAUCACAUUGCAUAAGAAUCUCUUUUUCUCUUUUGUUUGCAACUCUAUUGUAACAAUUAUUGUUCUAAGAGGAGCUGCCAAUAACCAAGCAAUGGCUGCAACUAACCCAGUUGUAUGCAAAGUGGCACAAUUCAUUCACUUUUACUUAAUGGUUUGCAAUUACUUCUGGAUGCUCUGUGAAGGCAUUUACUUGCACACUCUGAUUGUGGUGGCUGUAUUUGCAGAAAAGCAGCAUUUACUUUGGUAUUACCUCCUUGGAUGGGGCUUCCCGUUGAUACCUUCCUGCAUACAUGCUGUGGCCAGAAGCAUAUAUUUCGAUGACAACUGCUGGAUCAGUUCAGAGACUCAUCUGCUGUACAUCGUCCAUGGUCCUAUUUGCGUUGCUCUUUUGGUGAAUCUCUUUUUCCUGUUGAAUAUUGUCCGUGUUCUAAUCACAAAGUUAAAAGUCACCCAUCAGGCGGAAUCCAAUCUCUACAUGAAGGCAGUCAGAGCCACCCUCAUACUGGUGCCCCUACUCGGCAUUGAAUUUGUGCUGGUCCCAUGGCAGCCGCAAGGCCGUGUCGCUAUAGAGAUUUUCAGCUAUGUGACACACAUCCUGAUGCACUACCAGGGUUUGCUGGUGGCAACAAUUUUCUGUUUUUUUAAUGGAGAGGUCCAGUCUGUCCUACGGAGGCACUGGAAUCAGUACAGGAUCCAGUUUGAACACAGUUUUGCCCACUCCGAUGGUCUCCGGUCAGCUUCUUAUACAGUUUCUUCCUCCUUCACUGAUGGCCAAAGUUUUAACCAUGACUGCACCAGUGAACAUUUAAAUGGCAAAAGCUUUAGCGAGAUGGAAGAUGUUGCUUUUAAACCUGAAAAGCUGUAUGGGUGAUCACAGAAGAUUGUCAGUUCUCACACAAUAUAUUAUUUCAAAUAGAUGACUCCCUGAGCAGCAGUGACUUUGGGGGAAAAUGGUUGUUCUUGAAAAAAUGCAAUGAGUUCAAUUUGUUUAUUGUGUCCACAUGCAUUAGCAUAUCUUCGCAUGUGAAUGCUUGUAUACAGGAACUGGUGACACCCAACCUUUGCAAUGUUAAGCUUCAACCUCUGGAUUUAAAACAUUCAGAAAGAUGCUGGUUGAGAUUUUAAUGGGAUCAAUCAUGCCCUAAUUAGAUCUGUACUUGUAUAUAUGUUUUCAGCAUAUGAAUAUAUCUGGAGAUAGAUAAACUUUGCCUCUUCAACUUCUACUGUGUAGACAAAUUGGGCAAUUUAUUUUGUAUGAAGGGAAUCAAAAAAGUUCUGUACUUUUUUUCCAGCCGUUUGUAUCAUGAAUGGGUUGUCAUUUUGUUGCUUCAGAACUUGUAUAUACGGUAUUUAUCAUAUUCUGUUGUCUUAAGUGCAACCAACCAACACAAUCUAAAUCCUGAAAAAUAUCACUAAAUGCAAAGCAUUUUUCGGAUUGACUGUGCAACAUCUAUGUCUGACAAAGAUGGAUACAAACCAAUCUGCAAUAUUCUAAAUAAAGUGGACUCAAAUUUACUAGAAAUAUGAGGGCCAACAUUUUCAAAUUAUAUAUAUAUAUAUAGUGUGUAUAUAUAUUGCAGGACAUGUUUUGAAGGUGUUAUGGCAGUUUUUGUGGUUGAUUUGUAGUCAGUAAAGAAAUUAGGUGCAAAUAGACUUCUCUGAUUGGGCAGAAGCUUUGAUAAGAACAACAGAAGACAGUGCAACAACUGAGCCUUUUAGGGAGCAGAGAGGAAUGAUGAGGCUCAUACCCUAAUUUGUUUAUUUUUCCUGAGUGGGAACCUUGGAUAGGAGAAAGCACUAUUAGAAGACAGGGUCUAGUAACAGAUGUAGCAUACCCACAAGGCUCCAUGAUCCCACAGCCAGAAUGUGGAACACUUAUAGAUAAUGUUGGUCUUAUCCCUCUAUAACCUUCAUAGAUGCAGAGACAUUCUCACUCAACAUCCUAACUAGAAAUGAGUUGUUCCUACUAGGGUGAGCAAAGACUAAAUGUUAAUCAUGCUGGGCACCCCAAUUCAGACACCUAAGCCAGGUAAAUUUUUGGCUUCAUUUAUACAGAUGUUAGCCAAGCACUAGUAGGGUUGUUUAGACCUUGACUUUUUUUUUUUAAGAGCUAAUGAGAAAAGAGCAGUUCUUUCCUUCCAUUGAUGACUGGAGGAAAAGGAAAGAAGGGCAAAUUAUUUUCCCUUUUAGAGCCCUUCAUAUAUUCUCCAAAUCUACUCUGGAUGGUUGGGGAACUUUCCAGAGCCAGCUCAGGAGAAACUGAAAAAGUAAAAUUAGCAGAAAUUGAUGUUGUGCUGGUAGAUUUCCAGUGCGAGUCCUUUGAUUUUUGUAUAUGUGCGUGCUUGCCUCACUUCGUUCAUUUGUAGAAAACGGAUGAAACGGUCAAUGACGCCAUCCUCUUGGAUCUUGUAUAACAUCCUUAAGAGGCUACAGUUAGCACUUUGCAUUAGCAAAGUGUCCUCUACUCUUGUCUGAAAACAUGGAAGCCACAUGGAAGUCAAUGGGAUUUGAGGCCAUCUUAGUUGUCUGCAAAAUUGUAGCUGUAGCCUUCUGAAGUGAAGCCUCUUCUGGUUUGCAUAUAGAAGAACUGGUUUAACUCUGUGUUGCCUGAGAUUACUGGGUUUUAUUCUUCUGCCUUUACAUACAUGCAGGAGUGGUUUACCAAAUGGAUAAAACCACUGUUACUAUAUUUUUAAUCAUUUCAGAACUGUGCAAAAUAUUAACAAGAUAAAUGUCUUUCAGGGAAGUUUGGUAAGAACUUUAUGCUGUGCCUUUGUGAAACAUUCUUUUUUUAAAAAAAAAAAAAAAGAAAGAAAGGUUAAAUCUUGUAUACUGAAUAGCAAAAUAAAGAUGCAAGAGCACACGAAGUUAGGUGAAAUAAACCUUUCAAAACUCAUAAAAAA